UCCAAUAAACCGAGUCGUUCCUCAAGCCAUCACUUCAGUGCUACUUUGGUGCUUCGGACCGCCAACAUAUCAACAUUCAUCUUUCUCUCUCUCUUCCUCUCUCUCUCUCUCUCUCCUUCUCUUUUCUCUCUUCCUUGCAUUAACGCACCCACACGUACGUCGGCAGCGUGCAGGAUCGGGAGAAUCUCCGAGUUUUUAUUUUCGUAGUCGAUUAUAGUAAAGCAUUCGAGAACGUCGUCGAGGAGGAAGAAAAAAAAGCACAAAACCGAAGCACCGAUCAUGGGUCUUUAGCCAAAUUUCAUCACGCGUUCGACUAUCGUGGACGAACGGAUUUUUGUGCGAGGAACUUCGGACGAACAGGGAGAAAAAGACCGCGAGAAAGUGUUCACUCCUUCAUCGACGCGCUUCUGGAGCCCGACUAUCUCAAACUAAACUGACGUUCGAAACUUCCGGAAACUGCGCUCCUUUCUUUAGGCAUAUUGUGUAGGAGGACAGGCGAAGAGAGAACUUCUUUUCACGUGAAAAACAUUCGAGUCGACGGCCAUUGCCCCUAUUUGUGAACUCGUCUGAAUUAAUAAGAGUUUCUCAAUAUAAACCCCCUCGUCGCAAUGUCUACAGAACCCGGGAGCUUCACUUCCACCGGAAGUAUGAUCGUCGUGAGCAACAGGCUGCCUUUCGUACUCAAGAGGAACGAUACCACUGGCCUAUUGGAACGUAAAGCGAGCGCUGGUGGUCUCGUCACCGCUGUGGCCCCGGUGGUCAUCAGUGGCAAGGGCGUUUGGGUGGGAUGGCCUGGGAUGCACAUGGAAAAUUGCAACGAACCGAUCCCCGAAUCUGAUCCUAACGACAAAACUCCGACAUCCGGUCUCCUGUCCAGCAAGGUCGUAGCUGUUCACGUGGAGCCUGCUAUAUUCGAUGCCUAUUACAACGGAUGUUGCAAUGGAACGUUCUGGCCUCUUUUCCACUCGAUGCCGGACCGUGCAACAUUCAGUGCUGAUGAUUGGCGCGCCUACGUCGCCGUUAACAAGGAAUUUGCUGCUAAAACGGUUACUGCACUCGAGAUCGUACACAAAGAUCAAAACAACCAAAAUAAUGGAACACCUUUGGUUUGGGUACACGAUUAUCACCUCAUGUUGGCUGCCAACUGGAUAAGGCAAGCAGCUGAAGAAAAAAACCUGCGACUGAAGUUGGGAUUUUUCUUGCAUAUUCCAUUCCCACCUUGGGACAUAUUCAGAUUGUUCCCAUGGGCGGACGAGAUUCUCCAGGGAAUGCUGGGCUGCGACAUGGUUGGUUUCCAUAUUCAGGACUACUGUUUGAACUUCGUGGAUUGUUGUCAAAGAAGUUUGGGUGGGCGAGUCGAUCGGAAGAACCUUUUGGUCGAGCAUGGUGGUAGAACGGUCCGGGUUCGUCCAUUGCCAAUCGGAAUACCGUUCGACAGAUUUGUGUCUUUGGCGGAAACAGCGCCGAAAGUGAUGUUGACCAAUCAGAAAAUCGUGCUCGGAGUGGAUCGUUUGGAUUACACGAAAGGAUUGGUUCACAGAUUAAAAGCGUUUGAAAUGUUGCUCGAGAAGCAUCCCGAGCACCGUGAAAAAGUGACUUUACUGCAAAUCGCGGUACCAUCGAGAACCGACGUUCGAGAGUACCAGGAUCUCAAGCUUGAAAUCGAUCAGUUGAUCGGCAGCAUCAACGGCCGUUUCACCACACCUAAUUGGUCCCCAAUUCGUUAUAUUUACGGUUGCGUCAGUCAGGACGAAUUGGCAGCUCACUAUCGCGACUCCGCUGUUGCUCUGGUAACCCCCUUAAGAGAUGGCAUGAAUCUUGUCGCCAAGGAGUUCGUCGCUUGUCAGAUAAAUUCACCGCCCGGAGUUCUCAUCGUUUCGCCCUUCGCCGGAGCCGGGGAAAUGAUGCACGAAGCUCUCAUUUGUAAUCCCUACGAAAUUGACGAAGCUGCUGAAGUCAUACACAGAGCACUGACGAUGCCCGAAGACGAGCGAACUUUACGAAUGAACCAUCUUCGUCGUCGGGAGAAACAGUAUGACGUGAAUUACUGGAUGAAAUCAUUUUUACAAGUUAUGGGAUCGCUCGACGAGAGAGAUUCGGUAGGUGCGACAACGAUGCAGCCGGUGACAAUGGACGAUUUUGACGAUUAUUUGAGCAAGUAUAUUGGCGACAACCACAAAUUGGCGCUCCUGCUCGAUUACGAUGGUACAUUAGCUCCAAUCGCUACACAUCCGGAUCUUGCUACAUUGCCUCUCGAGACCAAGAACGUAUUACAAAGAUUGAGCAAAAUACCGGAUGUCUACAUCGCCAUUGUCUCAGGUAGAAAUGUCAACAAUGUCAAAACAAUGGUCGGCAUCGAAGGUAUUACUUAUGCUGGUAAUCACGGUCUUGAGAUUCUUCAUCCCGAUGGUAGCAAAUUCGUUCAUCCUAUGCCUGCUGAAUUUGAGGGAAAAGUUGCUGGUCUUAUGCAAGCACUUCAAGAUCAGCUUUGUCGAGAUGGUGCGUGGGUGGAGAACAAGGGUGCUUUGUUGACCUUUCACUACAGAGAGACUCCGAUGGCAGGAAGAAAAGACAUGAUAGCAUCGGCGAAGAAAUUGAUCGAAGAAACGGGAUUCAAAGCUUGUUCGGCUCACUGUGCCCUCGAGGCUAAACCACCGGUCGAAUGGAACAAGGGUCGUGCCUCAAUUUACAUAUUACGUACUGCUUUUGGCCUCGAUUGGAGCGAAAGAAUUCGCAUUAUUUAUGCCGGUGACGACGUCACUGACGAGGACGCGAUGAAGGCGUUAAAAGGUAUGGCAGCGACUUUCCGCGUGGCUUCAUCGCACAUAAUUCGAACAUCGGCCGAGCGUCGAUUGCCCAGUACCGAUUCCGUCCUGACGAUGUUGAAAUGGGUCGAGAGACAUUUGUCGAAACGCAAACAUUGCAACAACAACGACAUCGGACAUCGAUACAGACGCAGUAGCGGUGGCGUAACGAUGGAAAUGUCUUUUCCGACCCAACCAAGAGCAUAGAUCUUUUCCCGAGGCGUCGGAAAAACGUCUUCAAAUAACUGAAUUCUGACUUUCGAAUAUUCGAUAGGAACGUUUUUUUUUGUAUUCGUAGAACAAAUUCCAUCGUAUUUUUUGAUUUUUGAAAAUUCUCCACUAACUUUUGUCCCACCGGGAAACGUAUAAUGAUUGAAGUUUGAUCGCUGCUUUCGAAAGUUUGUUAAAAUUUUGCUCGAACUGUCAAAAAAUUUGAUACAAUUAUUUUCCGAGUUUACAUCUAAUCCAUUGUUCACUCGUUUUUUAAUAUUCUUUUGUUCGAGUUCAAGAGCCUUGUUUUUUAGCUGAGCGUUCCUCGAAACGAAGACCGAAAUUCCCCGCGGAUUUUGCAAGUAUUUAUCUCCCAAAUAAUGUUGGAAGAAUAAUGAAAGAUAAAGGCCAUAUAACAUUCACUUCCAAGCGUUAAAUUCCAACUGCUCUGAUUGUGUCGUGAGCCCAAAGAAAACCAAAUAAACGGACGAUGUUGAAGUUCGUAUCGUUGGAAUGCAAAAACUUUUUUUUUCUUUAGUGAUAUCACAAUUUAUUUUCACUUUUGUACUACAAAAAUCGAUGAAACUUUGUUCCCAACGUGAGAAUCAAAUUGUCAAAAAAAAACAUGGAAAUCUGAAAAGCCAUCAACCGUUUAUAAAAACAUGGCAAAUUUUGAGCGAAGAAUUGCCAAUUUAAAGAAAAAAACUAAGCAUUUUAUUUUGUAUUGACACGAUACGAAUUUUCACUCCAAACGAACACAAGCAACUGUAUGAUAGUCUAAAAGGAAUAUUCGUCGGUGUAAAACGAAAUCUCGGACAGUCUUUCGAGCUCCUGUUGAUCAGUAAAUUAAAGAUCUUAGUAUUUAGUGAUAUAGUCGUAGGUCCGUUUCGCUCAAGAAGAAAUAUAAGUACCUAGUAGAAAAAAAAAACCAUAAAAAAAAAAUAAAGUAAUAUAAAAACAGCAAAAGCACAGCUUGUCGAUGUAAAGUUGCACGAUAUGCGAUUUGUAAAAACGUGCUACAGACUGCGAGAAUCGAUAGAGAAUUGGAGAGCACACAUUUUUCCAUCGCCCCAAAAAAUCUGAAAUAUUUUUCAUAUCUUUUGUAUGGAUAUUAAAAUUUUUGAAGAAAUUUCUAUGAGUAAAAAUCAUUGAUAAAAAAUGAAUUUUCAGAGACAUAUCUAAUAAUCGAUAGUAAACGACUGGGCCAAAGUGUGCUAAAAAUAAUGUGCUAACGAAAAUUCGAUUCUACAUUUUUGGUCCAAUGUUUUUCCAUUUACUUUCUAACUCUGGUAAUAAAAAGAAAUGUUUAACGAUGAAUCAUAUAAAAAUACUUUUUCAAAUGAAUUGCAUAGUAUAUUCGCAAUAGACUCUGGCGACACAAAUAUUGAUGAGAAUGUGCACAAAAACAUUUGCUCUGGUUACGAGAAAAAAAGGUGCUCGAAUUAUUGAGACUCUGACAAAAGAAUAUUUUUAUAUGGACGAGAGUCGAAAAUACUGCGUAACAAAACAUUUCAAUUGUUUGUCCAGAAUCCAUUUUUCAAUACAAAUCUAUAAACUCAUUCUGUUUAAAAAUGUACCUAGUAACGAUCAUACUCCAUUUUCAUUUCGUAAGAUCGAAACGUUUGUUUGACGAAUAACGCCCAACUGACAUCUCAAUUUUCUUCCUGAUAUUUAUUAGUUAAUUUUCAUCCCUAGUCAAUUAUUGAAAGGAGCGUUGAAGGAAUAAAUAUCACAAUAUUUUGAAACUAAAACGAAAAAUAAUUUUUAAUUAAUGUAUUUACAACACCGAACCAAACUGAAACAAGUCAAUUUUGACAUUGAGAUUGUGCCAUUUACGCCAAUGAUUUUUUAAAUCAAUAUAUAUUCUGAUGAAACAUUAUCAUGAUAGAAGGAUGUGAUUCUAAUGUGUUUGGGAACAAUAGAGUUAAUCCUUGAUGAAUCACGAAAGUUUGAUGAAUUUUAAUCGAUAAGCGACUUUGUUAAUAAUUUAUAAUUUUCAGUCUCUUUUGACGUAUAUAUUUCUCAACUUUUCCAAUUUUUUAAUUUUUUUAAAUUCAGUUUUUGCCAAAGUAAAGAUUUGAAUUAAAACAAUAAUAUAAAUGAUUAUUAAAGUGUUGCAAAAAUAAUGGAAAAAAUAAAAUUCAAGAGAAUCAACUGACUCGACUCUGCCGAUAAGUCACACAAACAGGGAUAUUUAUACGAAUUUCUAUACGAUCAUACUCAUGUUAAUUCCUCUAAGUGAAAAAUAGAUACGUAAUUCUCAUUGUACUCGCAGGGGAAAAAUGUAACUACUGGAUCGAGAUCCUAACUUGGGCGAGACUUUCCACAAAUUAAAACUAGUACAUUAAGCAAUAUGACUACUUUUUUCAACAAUAUAAACAUAUGUUUUGUGUAUAUGUCUUUCUCCAGAUGAAAAAUGAUAGUUUUUUGUUCUCAGAGGAUGUAGAGUGAGCGAGACAAUUUUUAUUUACAACUACACAAACAGAAUAAAUAUAAGUAAGCGCUUGAGUCGAAUAAAAUUAUUUUCUAGGUA